AUAAUGAUUUAAUUACAAUAUUUGACAGCUCAGACUUGAACUUUGCCAUACAGUGUAGUAGAAUUUUAAAAAUUACCUUAUUUGUAAAUGGUAAACCGGAGCCAUUACAAACAGAUGAGGUGAAGAUGAUAAAAUCUGAGUUAAAACAUAUACGAGAACGAUGUAAUCAGUUGCUAGACAAGCUUGAUGACAGACAGCCGUAUGAAGGUCCUAGUUCAACAGUAGAUAGUAGCUCAUUUAAAGUUGUUCCCCCAAAAAUAACAGACAGUCCACAAAGAGUGUCACCAAGACCCAGUGCAGUGCCGCCAACUAGUCAAGCUGGUAGUAAAGAGUUUGAUCCUUUAUCAAGUCAGAGAUCAGCUGAAGACCAACAAAACAAAGUCAUGUCAUCUUUUGGAAUUCCCAAUGAUGAACGACCUGGCACCCCGGACAGCAUUUCAAGUAUUGGUUCAUCUUCAAGUAGACAACAACAGCAAGGGCCAGGUGCUCCAGUACAACAAGGUGGACAAGCACCACCAUAUCCUACUGCUCAGGCUCCAGGAAGUGCGCAGAAGGUGCCUCCAUGGCAACAGCAACAGCCUGGUACACCAACAGCAUAUCACCAAGGACCUCAAGAAUUCAGUCCGGCACUCGUGAUGUACCAGAAUUUCCCAUCAUACAUCAGUCAGGGUCAGAACACAUGGGCAGGGAAAGAAGGACCACAUGAAUUUAGCAGUUAUCAGAGGUCCCUUAUGCAAUCUCACACAUUCACAGGGCACGAACACGAUCAGCACUCGUCUAGAACAAACACUCCAAUAUCUUCAAGUUAUGCAGCUGGUUCCCAGCAGCAACAUCCUCAACAACAACAGCAUCCUGGCUACCCUUCCCAGAGUUCACAGCAAGGUGCGCCUCAGCCACCAACUACACAAUAUGGGCCAGGAUACAGUCAAGCUGGUGCCCAGCCUGGAGUACAGCCUGGUGCCCAGCCAGGAGUUCAGCCUGGUGCCCAGCCAGGAGUACAGCCUGGUACCCAGCCCGGACAACAGCAAGGUGGGUACCAGCAGCAAGGGUAUGGAAUGAUGGUGCCUCCUCAGCAGCAACAGCAACAGCCAAUGCCCUCUCAGCAACCUCUGGGACCCCAAGGGCCUAGUCCACAACAACAGCAAGUUCCGCAGGCGGGCCCAUAUGGAUACCAACAGCCAGGAGCCCAGCCAGGUGCCGGGGCUGCUGCACCAGUUCAAGGACCCCCGGGCCCAGGUAAUCCAUACGCAAGUCAGGGCCCUAGAUACGCUGGUGGCUACCCUCGACCUGCUGGCAAUUAUCCACAAGGAUAUCAGUGAAAAUAAAAUGCUUUCAAAACCUCAAAUUUUUCUGACAUUGUCAAAAUGGAUCAAAACGUGAGAGAAGACUUGUGCACUUUUAUCAAAUCUACAAGACAUCUACUUACUUUUAUAUUAUAUUUAUAAAUCCUUAGCCUCUUUCUAAGCGGCAUUAAAACUGUGGGCAAAGCAAAGUGACAUCAAACCAUGUCAAAUAUUCAUAAAUGUCAUAAAGUGUCACAGUUCAGGAAUGUCACAAUUAUUGAUGUCACUAAAUGUCACAGUUCAUGAAUAUCACAAUUAUUGAUGUCACAAAAUAUCACAGUCCAUGAAUGUCACAGAUGUGAUACCUUUUAUUAGUGCUAGAAUUUUGUGAUUUGUGACUCAAUGAAAGAUCUGACAGAACCCUAGGGGAACUGUUGAUAAUGUAAUGUUAGCGAAAUAUAAUGUGCAAAAAUAACUGUGACUAUGAAUUUUAACCAUUUGUUUUGUGUAUUUAAAAGGUGUAUAUGUAUAGUGUAAUCUAUUUGUAUAAUUAUGUAUAAAAAAAAUAUUUUGUGUUCAUAUGAUGAUGUUGUUGAACUGAAAACUUGAAAAGUUGAGAAAUUUGAUGUUGCAAAGUAAAUUUGUAUUCUUAAAUUGUUAAUGAAUUAUUGACACACAGUUAAAUCAAAAUAUACAAGUAUCAAUAAUAAUUUUUAUUGUAAUGUAAAAAAUUGAAUGAACAUGUUUUGAAAGGGCGGGCCUCUUUUAGACUGAAGUCCAAUGAAUGGAAUAAAGGCUUUACAGUUCAUUUAGGAAGCAGAUAAUGAUAUCAAUUUUAAGUGCAUUGUUGUAGAUUAAUUAACGGUUCAAGUUCAAAUGCACAGUAAUAUAAUCACAAAAGCAGUUAGGCCUGAGUGAAAUUACAAAGCAUUUGAAUGAUAAACUGUGAAUUUAUUAUGCCAUAAUGCAAGUAAAAUUAAUAUUCAUUGGAUUUAUUCUGAUUUGACAAUGGAACAGUCAAUUAAAACUAUAAGGGAUAUGGGUAUCAAUAU